AACGCUAGGUUCGAUGAGCAAUGGCGUCUGUGCACAAGUUCCCUGAUUUCGCCGUAAUAUGCUCCUUUUUGGAGCGUUAUGGCGAAAUGCUGCAGCUUCCCGACCUCACAAUACCUGAGUUACAAGAAGCUAUAGAAGAAACAAAAUGUGAAGUUCCCAUUUUAAAAGAGAUGAUCAUCAAGCUGAUGCGUCGUCUGAUAAAAAAUGUGAACGCUGAUAAGUGGGAAAGACAUUUAGUCAAGAUAAGUCGUUAUUAUUCUGGUAUGGCAGCGUGGGAAGUGGAUACUCUUGGAUAUACUCAGAGUAAAACUGAAACAAAACUAGGUCUCCUAAAGUUUCUUUGUGACAGUCAGUUUGACGAACCCAAGUCCAAAUUCAAGCUUGCCGUGAAUGAGUUAGAACCAGAGACGUUACGUAUACAGCCCAUUGGGAGAGAUAAAAUGGGACUCGUCUACUGGUUCCAAAAGGAUCAUGAUGCCAACAUCAGGGUCUACAGGGAGGAACAAGAUGAUAUCGACAACUCAACUUGGCAGAUGGUUUCACAGGACCGAGACGAUCUUGCUGGACUACUGGCAGUGCUCAGAAAAGGAACCAAUAAACUCAGCUCAUUAGACCUCAAGACAGAUGACUCCGAGUCGACCACGACAUCCCUCACAAACGAAGAGGAGACGGAUCUCGACAUCAAGGAAGAAAUUGCCAAGCUUCGCCUGAAAGUGACCUUCAAGAGAGAAACUGACUCCAAUGGUGUUGAAAUGGAACCCACCAUAGAGGCUGAAGUGAAAACGGAAGCGGAUGUGAAGGCAGAGACAUCAAGUCCUUCAGUGAAAGAUGAGCCAAUGGAUAGUGCGGAUGGAGGGAAAGGAGAAGGAAUGAAAGAAGAACCGAUUGAACCUUGUGAUUUUAAGGAGAAUAUAUCUGAAGUGAAGACUGAAAUGGAGACAGAGAAUUCAACAUUAGACGAUAUUAAGAUCAAAGCUGAGGAUAUUAAGGUCAAAGCUGAAGACGUUAAGACCAAAGCGGAAGAAGCAGUAGCUAGUGAUGACAUGGUAGAUGUAAAAACAGAGGAGUUGAAACCCAAACAGGAACUAGCCCCGUCUAGAGGGUCAGUGAUUGUGAAAGUUGAAGAUCAUGUCAAAGGUUACACCCCAGUUCCAACACAGACUGCGGCAGAGAAUGAAGCAGUGGUCACAGAAGGUGAUGGUGUUGAGAAGACUGUUCCUGGAGAGGGCAGGUUGAAAGAAUCUGCAGAAUCGUGUACGAUUCAAUCACCCGAUCAAUCUAGGGUAUGUGAUAAAAUGGGAAGUAGUGAGAUGGAACAAUCAAAAGAUGUAAGUAGUGAAAGGAAAAUAGAUGAGCUGAAGGAUAGACCUGAGACCUGUCCAACCUCUGCAACUGUUUCUGACCUAAAGGAGUCUGUGGAAGUCACUGGAAGGGCACCCAGGCCAGCUUCUGCUCCCGACCUGACAUCAUCCAGUGCUCCUACGGUGACCGUCACACCUGCUAAAGCCCUUGCAGCAGAAUCAACGGCAUCCUUGUCCACACCAUCCCUGAUUCCUAGCCAAGCAUCUCCAAGGGCCCGGACGCCCACCACGAGCAUGUUCAUGAGACCAUGGGAAACCACCCCUACUCAGCUAGAGAAAGAAAAAGAGAAGGAAAAGGAAAAGAAAGAAAAAGAGGUGGAGGGAAUAUCGAUAGAUUCGGUUCAGAAAGAAGGAACUGGUGCAGAAAUGCAGCCUAAACUUGGAUUAGAAAAGACAGGCUGCAUAGAUGGACAAACACUAAUGAAAUCUGAAGGUGAAGGAUCAAAGGAUAUAGAGGACGAAACUAGGGAUGGCAAGUCUCUUGCUGAGAUAAAGAAUUCAGAAGAUGUUUCGAAACCAGAUGAGAAUAACUCAGUAUCACAAAAGACUCUUCAGGUGACAGAGACAAGCAAUGAGCAAGAAGAGGGUUCAGCAAGAGCAGACACUUCAGAAAUUUCAGCUUUGUCAGAUACAAAAGAGAAUGGACAGACUACGGAUAUUCCUAAGGAUGUCGCAGAUAACAACAAAGUAGCCGAAUGCGAGCCAGAUCGGGAGGCACAGGAAACCAAAGAUGCUGUUUUGAAGGAGGAUGAUACUGCUCCUGAAGCAUCUGUAGAGAGAACAGAUGGUGUAGAAUCAAGGGAAAGGGUGGAUAAGCAAGUGGAAGACAGGGAAAGAGAAGAAGAAAAACAUGAGCAGAAAGAGGCUGAUGAUAAACUUGCCACAAGUGAACUUGAUGAAAAUCAAUUGAAAGGAGACUGCAAAGAGUCUGAUAUUGUAAUUUGUGAAGAAGGGGAAAGCAAGUCUGUGGAUGUGGAAGGAACCGAUCCAAAAGACCAGACAGAUGGGAAGGAAGCAAAAGUAGAUCAAAAAGAAAAGGAGUCCACAGUUGAGGAGGUAACAAUGAACAAGCCUGAGUCAGCAGAGAUAGAAGAGCCUGAUGGAGAAGGCACAACGGAGGAAGCGGAAGACAUUGCGAAGAACAAACAGGAGAAGAGUGAUGAAGAUGGGAAAGAAGAAGGGCAGGACACAACGGAGGAUAAUGAGAAGGAAAGCACAGAAAGAGAGGAAUCUGCUCCGGUUCGGGGGUCUCGUUCUCUGAGACCAAGAAGAACUAAACAAAAAGAGGAACCCGAGGUCGUCAAACCCAAACCAGCUCCGAGGAAAAGAGGGAGACCAAAAAAGAACCUCGAAGCUUCAAGUCAAGAUGAGAAGACCAGUCAGGAUGAAGGUUUCAGCCAGGAAGACGAGGAAGAGAGCAAACAAAAAAAGAAAAGUGUUCCAGAAGAGUUGAUGGAAGAGGAAGAAGAAGAUGAAGAAGACGAGGAAGAAAGUGAAGAUGACGACGACGAUGAUGACGAUGAUUACGGGAAAAGGAAAGCUCCCCAAAAGAAAGGGGUGAGGACCGCCAAGAAGAAACGGAAGAAGAAAAGAAUGCGGUAUACCCCAAGAAGGAAAGCGUCACAGAAAGCGGUCAAUAAGAUAGUAGAAAUGGAGGACGAUGAGGAAGGCGACGGGAAGAAGAAGUCGAUGAAGGAUGAUGAUAGCGACUGGAUUUCGGAAGAAAAUGAUGACACCCCUUGCUGUAAAUGUGGACUGUACAAUCAUCCCAGAUGGAUUCUGUUGUGUGAUAAGUGCGACUCAGGUUUUCAUACGGCUUGUCUCCGUCCACCUCUCAUGGCCAUUCCAGAUGGUAAUUGGUACUGCCCCAAAUGUGAACAUGAGGAACUGAUUGUCAAUCUUGCUGCUAAACUGGAAGAUCUAGAUGCUGACUUGAAAAAGAAGGACAGGAUAGCUAGGAGAGAUGAACGAAAACUGAAAUAUAAAUACACUGAUGUGUGUGCUAUCAAUAUAUUGCCAGAGGAAACAAUGAUAGUUGCGAAGAAGAAGAGGAGAGGUGAAAAGAGGCGAUCACGGCAUGAUGACUACGAAGAAGAAGAAGAAGAGGAGGAGGAAGAAGAAGAUGGUGUUGAAUACGAGGAGAGACGCAGACACAGAUCCCACGGCUCACGAUCCCGUCGAUCGCACAGCUCACGAAGCAGACGAUCGAGAAGAUCCAGACACCAUCGAUCUCACAGAAGCAGACCUCGCCGAUCUCGGCAAGACGACGUUGUGCCGGACUAUGAAGACGAUUACGAGGUCGUGAGUCGAAGGUCACAAAGGUCACGUAAGACCAUAGACUAUAGCUUCAAUGACUUUGACUCGGCCAUCAAAUCAGCCAUUGAUGAGGAGGUGGAGGAACAUAAAAAAGCGGAGGUCGAGUACAAAUCAAGGUGGGGCGUGAGCCGGGGGAAGGACAUGUCGACCAUCAUGGGAGCGGAGGAGGAGGAAGAAGAGAAGAGGAGAGAAGAGGAGGAAGAGGAUGAAAGGGGGAGAAGACAAGAUAGGAGAGGGAAGAAGAAGAGAAGACUCAACGAUCUAGAGUGGUCCAGUGAGGAGGAGAACAGUGAAGACUUCAAAGUUGAAAGUGAAAACGAGAGCGAGUCAGCUGCAGAGGGUAGUAAUUACUCAGACGCAAGCGACGACAGCUUCUUGGGCUCGAGACGACGAUCAUCAAGACGGCGUGGACGUUCGAAGAGAAAUCGUCGCUAUGCCAACAUGCCGAGGAGAAAGAGCGAGAGGGGUCGGAAGAGAGUGAGAUACUACAGCUCUGCGGAGGAUGACGAAGGCAGUUAUUACUCAGGAAGCUCAUCUGGAAGUUUCUCCGGGAGUGGUUCUUCUGAGGAAGACGAAUGGACAUCGGGUGGAAGACGAAAAGCUGCUGCUAAAAUAAUCUCGUAUCGAGAGUACUCCAGCGAUGAAGCAAAAUCAAAGAAAAGAAAAAAGGCAGUUCGGACGCCAACACCCUCCCCAUCAUCCUCUUCGGACAAUGAAGACUACACCCAGCGGAAAAGAAAAUUCCGCAUUGAUAGCGACGAUGAGGAUGAAGAGGAAGAAGGGGAAGAGAAGACGAAGUCGAAGCGAAAGAUCGAAAGCGAUAGCGACGACAGUGACAUUGGAAAGAGGAAAAAGAAGAAGAAAAGCAUCGAGCUGCAGCGGUCGUCGCUGCGGAAGUUCUCCACGCGGAUUGAUUAUAAGAAAAUGGCGGGUGAGAGCACGGAAUCGGACGAAAACGAUAGCAGGAGCGAGCAAUAUCAGGACUCGAAUAAAGAGAACGAGGAUGAAUCGGGUGAGGAAAGCAGCGAGGAGGCUGUCGGCCAGAAAGUAAGAACUAAAAAACAACUUCCUCACGGGAAGUCAUACAUUCCAACGACUGUCAAUGGUGAUAGCAGUACAGAAGAUGUCCAUGAUGGUGGUGCGACGGUUGGUCGGAGGGGGGCUAACGGAGAGGGGGCUAUAGGGGGGCAGAAGGGUGCUAACGGUGGCACCGUGAACGGAGAGGAAGAGGAUGACCUUCUGCAGGUCACGGACUUGAUCGACUAUGUCACCCAAGACAUUUGAGCUCAAAGGUCAAAGGCUGUAUCUGUUAAUCUGUAUAUAUGUAUUGUGGGCGGAUACUCAAGUGUCAUUUUUGUUUUGUGUCUACAUGUACAUGUCAGAUUGUAAUUAUUUUGUCGCAAUCAUGUUGGGUUUUUAGAUCGUGAGGCGGAAACGCCGAUAGACGAUUGAAAAUCAACACACGAUACUGCCAAUUAAUCAUGGUCUUCAGUAAUUAACCUAACUACUGGGUUAAUUUUCAAGAUUUUCUAUACACAGGCUUAUUUCAGCUUGAUUCCAUACUAUCAGUGUGUGUACGCUCUCUUUUAGCCCCUUCAAUGAAGAGGAUUGUGAAUUUAAAAUGAGUAAUGGAUAUCGGCUGUAUUUACCAAUAAUAGUUUGUCGUGUUUGGGUUCAAGAAUAAAAGCCUUAAGAAUUGUUACGCCGAAAUUGCCAAAGUAUUGUAAAUCAUUCCUAAAUUUCAUUUCACAAUUAACAUCUCAAUUCAUCAAAAGACACUCAUAACUUUCCUUGAUUUACUGACAACAAGGUAUGUUAUCAUGAGGAUGAAAAUAUAUUUUAUACCAAUGUUUACAAAAAGCUGCUAAAUUUAUACAUACGCUGUAUGAUCAAAUAUUGAUGAUAAUUUUGUUGUCUUGAAGGUCCAAAUACGUCUUUGCGACUCUCUACAUUACUACAUAUGAAAAUUGAACCAAAAUCAUGAAUCAUCUUCAAAUUAUGCUGAGUUCAUUAUGAAAAUGAAGUUCGGAUCAACAGAUAACAUGGAAAUUUAAAGUGAAAUUGUCUCUUAAAUUUUAUUUAUGAUGUAUCAUCAUGCUUCUCAUCUAUAAUGCAGAAAUAGUAGUGAGUGGUGAAGGAUCCCAAGUCGCUAAUUGUGAUAACUGAGCAUUAUUAAGAUGUGUAAUUGUUGAGAAAUUUACAAAACAGCAUUGCAUUAACAGCCAGAUGUCUGGUUUUGCGCCCGGCAGGUGUUUCAUAAAGCUUUUCAUAAAGUUACGAGCGACUUUAUAAACAACUGGUAACCAUUUCUUAGGAACUACAUUAAAGCCGAUGGAAAUCUGGGGCCCGUUGCAUAAAACUUCUUACCUGAGAAAACUCAGGUUGUUUUUACCGGAGUUUUUGCGCUGUGGU